UUGAAAGAUAGACACGAUAGGCCAAAAAGCAAACAAUCCCAAGCCGCUCCUCUCCGGUUACUUGAACUGUACGGAAGCUGCCAAGAAUUAACAAAAUCCUACUCUCACGGAAACUCUCUCUAACCCUUUGAGUUUCUAGGUCAGGUGAGCUUGUUCACAGUUUAAACAAAAGCACCCAGAAAAGGAGAAGAGCUUGGUGGGCUUUCAAAAAGGCUGAGAGGUCUCUAGUACUUUUCCUCUUGAUAUUUCUGUUGUGAACAAUAGUUUUUCAGGAUACCUGUGAGUUGGUGACCGUUUGAGUUUGGUCUUUUAGAAGAUAAAAAGAUCGAAUUUGAACAGGUUAUGGUAAAGGGUGUUGAUAAUCGCCUUCAAGUUUAAGUCUUUAAGAUCAAUGUCGCGGUGCAUAGAAUUCCCUCCACCUGGGUACGUGUGGAACGGUGUGGGUGGCGAGGCGCUUAAAGAACUGAUUAAGCUCAACAGAGAAAGGGCACAUGCUGAGAAGGAAAGGAAGAAGGAUAAAAGGAGGAGGAAGAAAGAGAAAAAGAAAAGAAGGGAAGAUGGUGAGCUUAUGCAGGAAAUGCAAAGUCAGAAAAGUAGGCACAAGCAUGACAAGAACAAGAGAAGUCGGGAAAAAAGUGACAAUCAAAAGAAGAGGAAAUAUGAAGUCCCAGGGUUGGAGAACAACAGUCUUUCUGAAGAGCUUGGGCAACCCAUAGUCUCUGACAGUGUAUAUGACUCUUCUGACAAUAGCCAAAAUGUUAAGAGGAGAAACGACACAAGGUCUCCCAAGGACUACCAUAACCAUGGAAGCAUUAUUGAUUUUCACUUUCAGUUGCAAAAGCAUAAGGAUCAAGCAGCACAAUCCAGCACACCAGUUUGCUCUACUCCUGGUAUGUCCACAACAAUUGCCCAGGAAAUGGCUUCUGGACCUACCAGAGAGACGUGGCACCCCUCUUCUCGAACUCAGGUUGUUGCUGAUGAGAAAACCGAAACAGCUCCAGCAUUCACCUUCUCUAGAAGUUGCUCAAUGCAGAUUGAAUCACAAUAUAGAAAGUUAAUUGUGAAUUGGAUUCCCCAUCCCUUACAGAUUGAGAACCCUAAGUUUGAUGAUCAAGAGUGGCUCUUUCAAAGAAGGCAGCACAGAAGUGACAUGAUACGAAGAACUAAUGCUUACAAUGAUGACUUCUCUCACUGUCAUGAAAGCAAUGUCCUAUACCCUUAUGCUCAAUAUUUGUCCAAGGCUGACAUAUUUGCUUUGCCAUUUGUAACAUCAUUUUGAAACUGCAAAUGAAUCAUUGUAUCUACCUAAGAGUGGAAGAUAAUUUUGUCAUAUGUGGUUAGGUCUAAGAGUGGAAGAUAAUUUUGUCA